AUGAAGAGAUUCCAUACACCGGUAUCGAUUUCAGUAGCUCUGAUUUGGUUACUUCUAGCUUUGUGUAGCAGCAAGAAUAAUGUAGAGGGUCGUCAGAUGGCGCUAGCUUCCAUGGAUUUAGCUUCUAGUAAAGCUGUGAGAGAUUUGGAGAUAAACAAGGAGACGAAGGAACGGCCUGUAAGAGGUGAAAAAGAUAGCUUCCGAAGAAUCCCAGGGAGCACCUCCAGCCCUAUACAGAACAGGAAAGGUCCCCUAGCAGAUAUAGGAGGAGGUAAGAAACAGAAGAUCACAGCAACAGAACCAUAG